AUGAAAGAGGGGACUUUGCAGAAGGAGGUUAAGGCUCGCGAUCAGGCCGCCUCUUCUGCCAGUGAAAAAACUAAGUCUUUACUGCAUAAAUUAGAGGAAGCAAUUUCAGAACAACGGAACCUCCAAACUAUAAAUAGUGAGUUAUCGAACACUUGCCAGAAGCUUCAGGAGAAGACAAGAAAACUGAAAACAACUAUUGAGGUACUUCGAAAGCAGUUAACUGAAGGACAACACCAUGGCUUUCUGUUUCAGAGGUUUUUAGAUGAGGAAUUUUCUCACGAUGAUCCCCCGUCCUGCCCAGAGAAAAUUCAACCAUCUCUUCAAGAAAAAUUGAAGCAGUGUUACCACAAACCACACAGUAGUCAAGAGGCAAGAAUUCAUCACAUACCCCUGACCUUGAAAAACACAUGCUGGUAUACGCCUCUUCUGGAUGCCUUGUCUCUGGAUAGUCUUACAGUGAUUCCAAGGCCACAGUUGACAUCUUCCUUAUGUGUAGCCAACCCAACUGAGGCUUCAAGUGAAAGAUCCAAAUAUGGAGAAAUAAAGGAUGGUGCUUUGGAUGUGACGAGACAACACAAGAAAAAUGCAGACAUGUUAGUGGAGUUUGUGAGGACUCUCUACCCUGGUGAAAUUUCCUUUCUGUAUUAA